AUGCUUUACGACCGUCUCGCCCGAGAUUUUGGAUGCGUGCAACUCAUUCUAGCUGCACGCAAUUGCGCCCACGUAUCACGCGUUUUCGUGACGCGCUCGUCCCUCGGGAAACGAGCAUCGACUCGAGUCGUGGCUGAUUCGCGAGGACCCGGAACGAAAGACCCCACGGAGGCGGAUGUUGAAAUUCCCAGGAAAACGUCCAUCCCUCUAUCUUACAGAGGAUCGACGAGCCGAAGUGGAUGCCACGUGGUGCCCGCGCCACGCAAAUCAGAUUCCGUCUUCCCUUCAAAUGUUCCCCUCGAGGGAGCGAGCAGGUGCGCAUCUCGUCGACAUCCGGGAAGAUGUCGCCGCUCUCACGGCGUGCCAUCCGGAUAUAUGGGCACGAACCCUCCCAGGCCACCAUCACUUUCGGUCAUCGACGGACGUCAGAAUCUCGAGCCACCGCUUCCGAGGAUAGACAUGGAUCGCGUUUCCCUCUCUGUUGUGUUUGCCCUAGCCCUCGUGAACCAGGCCUUCGCCUUUCCGUUCGGAUUCUCCCUGCGAACGAAAAGAGAGAGGCCGUCGGUCCCCUGGAUGCUGCCUGGAGUCAUGCUGAACGCGGAAGGAGGACGAAAGGCGAAGGGGAUCGCAUCGGAAGAGUCCUUCGCUCUCGAGCGUGAACGGAGCAAUGCCAACGAUUACGUGGACCAGCUCCUCGAUAACGUUCAGAACUUCAUCAUCGAAAACGGAUACGACAACUUCCCUCUCCCGGAUCAGAUCGAGGAGUUCAGUGAAGUAUUUUUGGGGAUCGAAUGGCACGGAGAGGCGUCCCUCACGCAAGGAUUUCUCAAGGGACUGGAGACGGUACAUCGAACGGGGGAUGCCACGUUGGACACCAGCGGCAACACUAUCACCGUCACCGCCGACAUCGGCUUCCAUGCCAUGGAGGGAGGAUACCAUAUGCACGUGGACUUCAUGGAUAUCGGCAUCGACGUCGAUGCCGCCGUCCACAUUCAGGACGUCGCCGCUCACUUCAAGGUGCCCUGCCCCGAAUGCCGAAUUUUCCUUUCCACUCCUCUCACCCUGGUCUCACGCCUCCGACUUACAAUUUAA